GCCUUGAGUAGUAGAGUGAAAAGUCCCUGGUUCACUCCCUGGCAUCUACAGUUAAAAGGGUCAGAUAGUCAGGGAUAGAAAAACUGUUAUCUGGCUGAGACCUUGGCCAGCUGCCACAGUAGACUAGCCUAAUGAGUUUAGAAAAGGCAGCUUCUUUUUUAGACAUGCUAAGUGACUGCUUUCACUUUGCUUUAGUUGUCCUCAGAACAACAACAAAAUCCAAAUUGGGAAUUGGUGUAUUUUUAUUGGUGAAAGGGUUGGUUAAUUUUGCAGCCAACUUCUGUAUGUUUUAUAUUAUUGCAAAAUUCUCAGCACAUCUCCAGUCUGAUAUCUUACAAAAUUUGCUUUGGUAUCUUGGCAGAAAGGCAGUAUAUAAACGUAAUGAAUUAAAUAAAGGGGGACGGAGUCGGUUAACUGCCAAGUCAUAAAUGCUCAUACUACACAGAUUACAACAACAAAAAUGACAACUUCCGUUUUCUGGGAGGGCAGCCAGGUCACGUUGCAAGCGUUUUAGAGUCACUUCCUAGACCAUCACGUGACAGCAACGCCUGUCGCUGUGACGACUUGAACUAGCAUCAUUUCCCUUUCUCUGCUGCGGGCUCUAGCUGGCUGUCCUCGUCACGUGAUACUACGACCAUAGAGUUCAGAAAGAAGCCUAUAGAAGGAUCAGAGCAAAAUAGGAAGUUGUCAUCUGGAGCACACCGGAAGCGAUCGCUUCCUUUCUCCCCCCCCACCCGCUGUUUGGUAGAUGCCGGAAGAGAAGGCCCCGGCUAACGGCGAGGGUCCAAGAUGGCGGAGGUGGUGAGUUGAGAGCCGGGGAUUGCGGGGUGGGGGUCUGGUUGGGCUUGCUGGCCCCUCUGCUAAUCUCUCUCUAACUCCUGCAGGAGGAAGUGACCGAGGGGUGUCGCCUCCCCGUGCUGCGCCGUAACCAGGAAAACGAGGACGAGUGGCGUGAGUGAGGGGCGGGGCGGAGGCUCAAGGGGCGGGGCGGAGGCUCAAGGGGCGGGGCCAGCUGUCAUCAUGGCCCAGAGGGGAGACCUCUCACCUUGUGGGGGAAAUGAUAUCUGUUACCAAUGAACCUUGGGGAGGGUUAGCAUGGACAAGAAGGUGGAGUCAAAGAGGCUGGUGAGGCUGAGGGCCAGCACCGCAGGGGUGUCAGGUCUAAGGUCAGGCUGCGAAAGAGCAUCCUGCAGUGUAUUGGAGUGUGGUACAUGGGGAGGCUCAGAUUCAAAUCCUCAUCUGCCUAUAACACUCAGUGAUUGAAUUGGGGUCAGUUGUAAUCUUGGUCCAGGUGUGGAGAGCCUUCAGCCCUCCAAAUCUUGUUGAAUUAUAACUCUUCUCAGCCCUAGUCAAGCUUGGCUGGUGGACAGGAGUCCAGCCUACUUUCCAGGAUUGUUUAGACAAAAAUAGAGAAGGGAGACCUGUAUGUAUCACCUUGAGCUCCUUGGAUGAAAGGCCUGGUAUAACAGUAAAUAUGGGCCAAGAUGAGGUGGGACCAACAGCACAGUCUUACCUAUGCCAUCUCAGAAAUAUGUUCUAUUAAUUCAUUGGAGGCUAGUGUGGUUUUGAGUUCCACCACAAUCAAGAUGUCAAGGAGUCUAGAGGUCUCUGGGAAUUUGGGGAGAAUCCAGUGGAGGAAAGGAGCGAAUGGAAUUUAUUAAUCUCAACAGGUUUUGAUGACUUUAUGAUUAAAGGUAUUGCAGAACGAAACACACUUUGUUCUCCAUGUACAAAAGGAAGUCCAAGUAUCUGUGGCAAAAUCAUAUUCUAAACUGUUUUGUAUCUUUGCCCUUAUCCUACCCAUUAUUUGUCAAUCUUCUGUCAGUGAUGAGUUCCAGUAACAGAAUCUGGUAUUUGGAUACAUCCAUGACAUUGAUUACUGGCAAUGCAGGUCAGGGCUAGCAUUUCUUUACAGCACUCUUACCUGUUAUUCAUAUCUGAAAAGAUAAAUUGAGUUAAGAAAGAGUAGUGCCCUCAGCCAUCUAGUCUUACAACCAGGAUUUGAACUUGAGUUUUUUUUGUCUAGGCUCACAUUAGUUCUUAAUACUCACAUUUCACAGACUGAGAACAUUGAUUGUGAGAAUUUUUUUACAGAGAUCCUUGUGGCAGACUAAACUAAACUCUAAAUAAAAUAUUCAGGCCCACUGAUAUAACAUUUGCAUCGCAGGAAUCCCAAAUAAGAGAGUCUUCCUGACACUUUUAGUAGUAGCCUUUUCAGAGGUCCACAAAGUGGUCUCCUCUCCCUCUCUCUCCCUCCCUCCACAUUCUCUUAGAUAAUAUAUUUCUUUCUUUCAACAGCACUGGCUGAAAUACUUAGCGUCAAGGACAUCAGCGGCCGAAAACUUUUCUACGUUCACUACAUUGACUGUGAGUAGAUGGAGACAAAUCCAUUUGGAGGGUGGGCAGGAUGAAAUCAUAAAAUGGGCUUUUCCAGAUAGGAAUGAUGAAGAACGUCUGGGAAGGCAAAAGGUUAUAGAAACAUACUCAAGAUACUUAGAAAUUGAAAGCAGAAUAUUUUUUAAUUACUAUCCAGUAAUUAAAACUGGUCUACCCACUUAAAUGGGGAAGUAGACCAGCCUUUUCCCAGAGCAGGAAUGGGGAACCUGGAGUCCAACUCCCAGCCAGCUUGGCUCGACCCUGGCGAGCUUGGCCAAUGACCGGGGCUGAUUAUCGUUGUUAUCUAACAACAUCUGGAGGGCCACAGGUUCUGCAGCAGACUGCCCAUAGAGCUCACAGCAGAACCAGCAUGCUAAGCAGGGGUAAACUUCCUUUCCAUCUGUCCUGAGCAUCAGAACCAGUCCUAAUAAAAAAAGUUUUUGGAGUUGAUUGUUGCUGACUUCAUUCUUCACGUUGGGAACAUCUGAGAAUGCUUUUGAAACUCAGUAUUGGGCCAAAAACAAGACUCCAUCCUUCCCCUGUUGGGAUGUGACUACCAAGAUUAGCCAAAAGGCGUGGACUCUUCAUUCCAGCCCUUGGGACCUGUUUUUGCUUUUGAUGUGUAUAUGUACGUAAUGAAAUCUCGUCACCAAAAGUAGACAGCUGGCAGCUACAGUAAACAAGCAGGUGGGAAGACAGGCAGAAGCUUGGGGCACUGCCUAGAAAGAUAGGGGGGAUGUAACAGGGAUUGCUGCUAGCUAGAUAGCGAUCCAGAGCCCUGCUUUUAUCAUCAUCUCAUUCCUCCUUAAAGAUGGGGGUGGGAAAAUUAUCCCUUGCCUUGAACCAUGCAGUUAACAAGCGUCUGGAUGAAUGGGUGACUCAUGACCGGCUGGAUUUGAAGAAGAUACAGUUCCCCAAAAAGGAAGCGAAGACACCCACCAAGAAUGGGCUGCCUGGAUCACGGCCCAGCUCUCCGGAACGUGACGUGGUAGGAGGAAAUGUGGGCCCUGGGGGGGGGAGGGGAAGGGCGGCUUUGGGAGGAUGUGAUCUGGCAAGGGAUCGGUGGGUGGUGGUGUUAGUUUGGACCUGGGGAAGAGAGUGCUUUUAUUAGCAUUGGGGUUAAUUCCCCGUCCCAUUCCCCCAGGUCUCUUUGGGCUAAGGACAGAGACUUUAUAAAGAACGAGGCCUUUGGAAGCAUUGGUGGUUUUCUUCCGGUCUUGUCCCUUGUGUCCUUUUAUUGUGCUGCCCAGCCUGCAGCAUGUGGGGAUGGUGGUCCCUGCACCCUUCCCCAGAGCGGCAGUGCCGCCCCUUGCCCCUCCCUCCCAUGUGUUGGUAACACCCCUCUUCCUCCCCCACUCAGAGGAAGACCUUGGAUCUGUCUCUACAACCAGCCGCAACUCCAUCCAGCGGUAAAACCCUUCCCAUUCCGGUGCAGAUAACCCUCCGUUUUAACCUACCUAAAGAGAGGGAGGCCGUCCCCGGCUCGCCCGACCAACCCCUCUCCUCCAGCUCCUGCGUCCAGCCAAACCAUCGCUCAACGGUACGAACCGGCGCUCGGCCGCCCCGGCUCGCUCCUUUUGUGUCUUUUGUCUACCCGGCACGUUCUCAAGAGGCCGCACAAGCUGGGCGGGGUUGGGCAAGGUCUGGGCUGGCAAGGGAGGCCUCCAAGGGAGGAGCCCGGGGGCAUUCUGGCCUUCAUCUUGAGGGCACUCUCUUCCCUCCCGAGUCAAAGAAGAGUAGUGCAGGUGACCCCCUACAGGAAAAACACCAAAGAAAUAAAGAACGGGUUCAAAUCAAGCCUCCAGUACAGUGCCCUGUGCACAUUGGCAUUCAGAACCAUAUUACUCAUUGAACUAAGCUCUUGAGUGUCGCUCAGGGUCUGGAGCCUGUGAAUGACCAUGGAGCCCCACUAAAAAUACUACUCAGACGUCCAUUUAUUGCUGACUAAGUGCCCUGGAGGGACGUGGGUGGCGCUGUGGGUAAAACCUCAGCACCUAGGGCUUGCCGAUUGCAUGGUCGGCGGUUUGAAUCCCCACGGCGGGGUGAGCUCCCGUCUUCUGGUCCCAGCUCCUGCCCACCUAGCAGUUCGAAAGCACCCUUAAGUGCAAGUAGAUAAAUAGGUACCGCUUUGUAGCGGGAAGGUAAACGGCGUUUCUGUGUGCUGCGCUGGUGCCAGCUCGCCAGAGCAGCUUUGUCACGCUAGCCACGUGACCCGGAAGUGUCUUCCGACAGCGCUGGUCCCCGGCCUCUUAAGUGAGAUGGGCGCACAACCCUAGAGUCGGACACGACUGGCCCGUACGGGCAGGGGUACCUUUAAGUGCCCUGGAAAUUUUAUUUGGUUUGAAACCAGCUUAGCUGCUACAGUCACUUCAUUCGGCCCCAAGUCCCCAGGUUCCUUGCUUCACAGCCUCGCUGUUAAGCAAGUUAGAGAUUUGAAUCGUAGUUUAAAUGUUGGGUGGGGGCGUUUUACUUGCAGCUGUCCUUUUUAUAUGGACUCUCUCUUUCUCUGUGAUGUGUCUGCCUGCAAACCCAUUAAAACACACCCUGCACCUAAGGUGUCUUUGUGUAAAAGUCUCUGAUACCAGAGGCGGGGGAAAAGCUGUUGUGAGCAUACAAGCAGACCUUCCAUUGUGGAAGGUUCCCCUCCCCCCCAGAUGCGGGAUUGGGACAGCCAUACAUGCUCCAUUGACUGCAGAAGAUUGCUGUACAAAGCAGGUCUGAGUCCCCAAGGAUGGGGGACAAGUAAUCUCUGUAAAUGUUCAGAAGAGUCGGAGCUCAGUGAUAGAGCACUUGCUUUGUGUGCAGAAGUUCCCAGGUUCAAUCCCCAACAUCUUCAAGUAAAACUGGGAAUGCCUCCCUUUUUGAAACCCUGGAGAGCUGCUGCCAAUCAGUGUAGACAGUAAUGAGCUAGAUGGACCAGUGGGUUUGAUUGAUUAUGAAGGCCCCAAAGCAGAUGAACUUGAGCCAUAACCCCUGUAUGACCUUCCCCGCAAGGCCCAAUCCCCGUGGGGGCUGUGGGUCAAAGUCACCAUGUUUUUUGCUAUGGGACAUGCAAGUGGGGAUCUCUGCUUGGAACUGAGUGGGCACAUGGAAAUGUGUUUGGAAGCAUAUCAGCGGCUGUUGAGGAAGGGCAGGUUAUUUCAUGGGCAGCCCCAGAAAUAACUUGCUUUGUUUCUGUCUCUUCCAGAAGAGGAAAGUGGAAGUAGUUUCUCCAGCAACCCCCAUCCCCACCCCAACAGAGACAACACAAGCAUCAGUGUUCCCCCAGGUAAGCCACUCCGCACACACCUCCAGUGGUUCUUGUUGGACGAAUGGGUCUAGGUAAGGGAUUAUGCCUUUCGGGGGUUGUGGAGGAAGAGAGAGCCAGGUUCUGAAGAGGAGCCUGUGAGUGUCUCCACAAACACCCAGGAUGCAAAAGCUGCUCUUCCAGCUACUCAAACAGAGGUUGGUGAAAGGCUGGAGUUUGCGUUUUCUUAACGAGGAAACCAAAUCUGAAUCCUUGCCUUUGUGCAAAACCACAUUUGAUUUUGACCUCAACUUACAGAACAGCACAAGGGGAUGGGUGUGUGCACAUGAGACCCAAGCAGGCGGCGUGGAAUUUUAGCUUUUCCUUUGGGAGGGCGGCUGGAUUUUAUUCAUGCUCCAAUGUGGGCCGUUGGCCCACAGAACACAUGGCCCCAGUCUGAAACUAAGCAGGACAGGGUCUGGAAUGUAGGCCUGCCUGAGAACACCACACUGACUUCUGAAGAGGAAGAUGAGCUACAAUAAAUAAAUACACCUCCUAAAAAUAAAUAUACCUCCCAAGCCAAAUAGGUUUGUGACCUAAAGAGCGGGGAUGCAUGUGUUGCCUUCCUCUUUAGCAGCCCUCCAGACCUCUUUGUCUUGCCCUUAGAACCCUUUCACCAACCUGGCUUGCAUCCUCCUUGACUAUUUUUGCUUGGCUAGAAUGUCUCCUUGAAUUCUCAUACUGCUUCUUGGGUGCCAGGAUGGAGAGGAACGUAUAUGUAAGUUAACCAUUGUUCCUCCACCCAUGUUUUCUCCUGGCCCUGCCCGCCACGGGCGGCCCCCGAAAAGUUGCCUGGAUGGGUGAGUCACCUCAGGGUGCAAAAAGUUCCUCCCUCUUGCUGUAGCUUCUGUCCCUCAGUGAGUCUUCUGGAGCUCUUUUUGAGGUGCCUUUUAAUACUUUUCUGCAUGAGCUGGAGAGAGGGGGAGGGAGUGCCUGGACAGUGACUUUCCCCUGCUCUCUCUGACAUCCUCCUUGACCCCGUUUUUGUCUUCCAGAAUGGCUCCGCACGCCGAGCGGUGGCUGCCCAGCCUGGCAGGAAGAGGAAAUCCAAUUGCCUUGGCACUGAUGAGGUAAGUGCCAGGGCUUGGGGUAGUGCCUGCCAGCCUGCUUCCCAGGGGGGCACCAGCCUGGAAGAAGGAAUGUGUGGCUCUUCCUCGUUCAUCCAGAAUCUCCCGCCUCCCCCCGGUUUUUGUGAGCAGGACUCCCAGGACAGCUCUGACGGCAUCCCCUCAGCCCCACGCAUGACAGGCAGUCUGGUCUCGGACCGCAGCCACGAUGACAUCAUCACGCGCAUGAAAAACAUUGAGUGCAUUGAACUGGGGCGGCACCGCCUGAAGCCUUGGUACUUCUCGCCCUACCCACAGGAGCUCACCACCCUCCCCGUCCUCUACCUCUGCGAGUUUUGCCUUAAGUACGUCAAGAGCCUCAAAUGUCUCCAGAGGCACCUGGUAAGUCCCAGGACCCAGUUUGGGCAGCCUGUCAUCCGGGACCCAAAGUCUGCUGGACUGGAUUGCUCUGUUUCUCAGCCAGCUCUUUGUCGCCAACACCUAGCGGCUGCCCGAGACUGCAUGCUGGCUACCGUUGGGAUACCAGGUCUAACAACACCCUGAGUUGCCCAGACCCGCCUGUUUCUCAAGACGCCAGGUCUGUCUUCCUGGGUUGGUAGACCUGGUCUCUGGCCUGGGUAGACCUAAUGCCCAGUCUGACUUGUUAUAGCAGGUAAGCCCAAUGCCAUACUGUGCCUGCUCCUGCAGAGUCAGAGGCCAGGCAGGUCUACCGUCCCGACUGGCUGUCGGGCAUGCCUGGAGACUGUUGGGCUCGGCAGACCUGUUGAUGGGGAUCUACUACCCAUUGCCCAGGGUUGGUAGCCCUGAUGCUAGCCUGGGAUUUCUGCCUGACGCAGCCUCCAGGAGGUUAAACCUAUUGAGUCUAGUAGACCCUGUUGGUCUUCUCCUGCCUAUUGGAGGACAGGUCUGCCUACCGUCACAUCUCUGUCACAGCCUUGCGGGCUACACAUGCCCAUCGUGCCAGUUUGUGCAUUCAGAAGAUUUGAUUGGCAAAACGUCUCCAGAUGAGAUAGGGCUUGUUUGAGUACACCCCUAUGGGAACAUACUGGAGGGAAAGCUUGCUUCUUCACCCUUGCAGGCUAGUUUUCUACAUGCCCCCGAGGUAUUUUAUACGAGAAGCAGGACUUGGAGCAGUUUUGCUCCUCAAGCCGCCUGAUUGCAUCAGUUCUGUGCAACUCGGAAUCUCAAAAAGCUCCUACAAUCACCUGGGGAGUCAAUAUAUUUAUUUAUUUUAUAUAUUGUGCUAACAACAGUGAUGACAAAAAAUACAAAUCAGGCUGAUACAACAGAAAUAAAACAAGAAUACACUUUUAAACAUAGAAUAAAAUAAAACCCAUUACUGUCUUGGGUUGGAUGAAUCUUAAAGAGGAACAGUAUCAUAUAUUUUUGAAUCAACCAAAUCCAUUGAGAAGCAGCGGGAGGUAGCAGGCAGUGUUCUUCCUUAUUGACAUUAGUACAGUGGUACCUCGGGUUACAGACGCUUCAGGUUACAGACUCUGCUAACCCAAAAAUAGUACCUCGGGUUAAGAACUUUGCUUCAGGAUGAGAACAGAAAUCGCACCGUGGCAGCGGGAGGCCCCAUUAGCUAAAGUGGUACCUCAGGUUAAGAACAGUUUCAGGUUAAGAAUGGACCUCCAGAACGAAUUAAGUUCUUAACCUGAGGUACCACUGUAAUAUAAUCAAACCAAACCCCUACAAAUCUAUCCAAAAAUCUAUCCUUUUUACAUUGUCCCCUGGAAAUGCAUAGUUUGUUGGUCAGCUUUUAUAAUAAAGCAAGUUCCCAAACUUUGGAAUACGAAAAAGAAGUAUUGGCUCCGUUUGGAACUUUCUAGAAAUGAGCCAUUGUGGCUCUAGCAGCCAUCUCAAAAUGAGCAAUUAGCUCUUUAUUAUGUAUACUAAGACCAGCUUCCUCAAAAAUAGGUAAUGGUGCAAGCUGGGCAGAAGGGAUAAGAAAACAAUUCAAAAUUGUAUUGAUUUCUUUAAAAGCCAGAGACCAUAAAUGAAAAUAUGUUUGAGUAACAGGCCUCUGGGAGUUCUGUACCAGUUCGUGAAUCACUUUUAAGGACAGUUCUUUAUAUUUUGCUGAAACAGAGCGGAGAGGGGGCUUCACCCAUAUUCUCUGCCAGGUAUCAUCCUCUUUGCCCCAACCUGUGUCCUGGCUCCAUGCUAAUCUUAAACCGAGCUGCCUGUUUGGUUCCUGUUUCAGUAAAAGUUUGUAUAACCCAGAGUCAGUAUUGAAAUGAUAACUGUGUGUGCUUACUUUGCACCAUCCAAUUGUGUAAAACAUGGGAGAGAACUCUUGAGCCCCUUGCUGGACUUCCAGAGAGGGAAGACGCAACACUCAUUUCCCUGUGUGUGUGCUCCACUAAAGGUUAGGUUCUUGAUUCCCCACCCUCCAUCUGGCAUUUACUCUGGGAACAGUUAACUUUGUUAAAGAGCAGUAUCAUUGGUUCCAGACAAAAAUCCCUAGUGUGUGCUGGAGCCAGGUAAGGGGCUGCAACUUUGUAGGAUCUUGAGCUUUUACCUCCCCACACCCUCCAGUCUGCCCUGUCCUGUCCUAUGUCCCUGCCCCCCAAAUGCAAUUCCUAGAAUCACAAGGACCCGGAAAGGUUUGAUUUUGCUUGCGAGAGUUCAGCCUGUGAUCCUUCUGUUUUGCAGACAAAGUGUGACUUGAGGCAUCCGCCAGGGAACGAAAUCUACCGCAAAGGGACGAUCUCCUUCUUUGAGAUCGAUGGGCGGAAGAACAAGGCAAGAGCAGUUAUUGGGCGCUGAUGAAACAGGGAUUCUAGGAAAGCUGAUUCCACGAUGAUUGCUGGGGCUUUGUUUUGGGAGAUGGGGAUGGAGAGCGCACUGGUGGCGGCUGUUGGCCGUAGAUGUCUCAUCCACCACACACACACACACACACACACACACGAAGUUGGGACUGCUUCAUCUAGUGCAGGGGUGGGGAGAAACUGUUGCCCUUCAGAUGUUGUUGGAUUACAACUCCCAACUGCUUCAGCCGCUGUGGGGGUUGCCAUCUAGGAACUUCUGGAGACCACGGUUUCUCCACACCUGACUCAGCCCAGUGAUGUCUGCUCUGACUGGCAACAGCUUUCCAGCAACUCAAAACAGAGAAAUCUUUCCUCCUCCUAAUUGGAGAAACCAAGAAUUAAACACAAGACUUUCUACAUGCAAAACAGUUUCCCCAUCACUGAACUACAGUCUCUCCCUGUAAAGCUACAAACUUCCAAAUGCCAGAGCAGGCGGUUUCUUCAUCCUGUCCAGUACCCUCUCUCCUCUGACUGGCUGUGGUUCUCCAGGGUCUUCCCUGUCCCCUUCCACCUGAUCUUUUUAACAGAAGGUGCCAGGGAUUGAACCUUGGGCCUUCUGCAAGCAACAGUAAAUUUGGCCCUCCCUGCUGCCUGCUCCCGCCACCCACCCAAAUGCGAAAAAGGUACAAAACUGAGUCACAUAACGUGUGGUCUGAACUGAUAGGCAAGGCAGAUGGGUGUCCCAUCUGGUACGACAAGACAUUCACAAUGACAGAGAAGCAAUGCAAAAUUGGCAUUUUCAGUCCUUCAUUGCAAAAGUCUUUUCUUUGUGUGCUCGUUUCCUUUCCUCCAUUUCCUCCCAGAAUCCAGAUGUAUGGAUUGACAAGUCUUGGGGCAGAAUAGAAGGGAGGGAAACAAUCCAAUCCAGUUGUCUCUGUGUGGGUGGGCAGAUAGGGUGGAGGUUCAUCCCCACAUUGUAAGGCAGGCAUGUUUUAAAAGUCUUGAAACUGAUCCAAAAGCAAAGGUCAUGUGCUCAGUACUUGGGGAGGGGUGUUUGGAAGUGAAACUUCUGGGUUUGUCUUCUCUCCCCUCCACUUGCCUCCUUGUUUUUCUGGAGAUGUAAUGGAGUGAGCAUCCCACACGAAUUUCCCUCUCCUUGGAACUGGGAAAAAUGCAUUUUAAAUUCCCUGGAGGCAGCACUGGGUUUCUAGACACCGUAUGUGAAGCUGAGAGGGGGAAAUGCUCAUAGCCUCAUAUUUGAAAUGGCUUGUGAUUUCCCUCCCCCUCCAGUCCAGUCUUGCCCCACAACCUUUUGCUGCUAGAGAUGAAUCUCAGGCCCUCCUUUCUCAAGGACGUGCUUGUUUACCCUUUCCAUAUCUCUUUUCAGAGCUACUCGCAAAACCUCUGCCUCCUGGCAAAGUGCUUCCUGGACCACAAGACCCUCUACUAUGACACAGAUCCCUUCCUCUUCUACGUAAUGACAGAGUACGACAGCAAAGGCUUCCACAUUGUCGGCUACUUCUCCAAGGUAAUGUUGCAGAAUUAAUGUGCGCAUACAUCGGAUAGAUUUUAAGAAUUUCUAAAUUGAUAAUGCAUUAAUAUAAUAUUAAUUUGCAUGGUGUAUGUGUAAAAUUCAUUUGUCUCUUUCAAAUACAUUUAAUAUCAUCAAGUUCUUAAAUUAGUUACAGUUCCGAUUGAAAUGGUUCUGAAGUUUCCACCAUGAGCUGAGAGUUUUACCUAACUGAAUGCUAUUCUUUUUAGCCCCAGUGAAAUUUUGUGGAAUGCUCACAAUAAUGUCUUUGCUUUGCAAAUGUGUCCAGGGGCCAACCUCUAUUGAUAUUUAUCAUCCUCAUCCUUUUAUGUUUUGUCCUGCCUCUGAGAAUAAAGAUUUAUUAUUAUUAUUAUUAUUAUUAUUAUUAUUAAGCAAGGAGAAAGAAGUUAGGGGGAGAGCUGGUAGCAACAGCCUAAUGUUAUCUGUGGAGCAAGUUGGCUGUGAGGAUCUACACAGAGCACUGGAGACCUGUCCAGCUCUAUCCCUCUCUGCCUUCUGAUAUUUCAUUAGGCAUUACAUUUUCUGUUUUCAAGGCUUUCCUUGCAGCCAUAAGGAUUGGAAACUUAGUUUAUAGAAUAAAAGCUGAGGGCCUACUGUUGAUGAAUUUUGCAACAGUUAUGAAACCAAAGAAUGGGCACUGUCCUAAUGCAAUCUCCAUUAUGCUAGUUGUGGUCAAACCUAAACAGCUUCCUCUUGACAAGGGACAGAGAGAGGGGAAAUCUCCUGUCAUGCCAAUGUCAGGGAUCCCGGGGAGAGUCAGUGUUGGAAGGGCUGGAACAGCUCCUCCAGUGAAAAUUAACAUGCUGCUUGUUUUGCCACUACGUGCAGGAGAAGGAAUCUACGGAGGACUACAACGUGGCCUGUAUCCUGACCCUGCCCCCUUACCAGAGACGGGGCUACGGAAAGUUGCUGAUUGAGUUCAGUAAGUGGAGUCUCUUUCCAUUUUCAAUCCUCCAUUUGAAUCUUAGCAGGUUGUUGAAUCAAACCCUCCUAUAUCCCCAGAGGUUGUUUUUCUGGAUUUGGCCCAACCAUUCCUGACAUUUUCAGGAGACAGUCUCUUCCCUGACACAUCGAGGCUCUAGAGGUGCCCUCAUCUGUGCAUCAUGUUUAGAUUGUCAUGUGCAAACAUGGGGAAGAGCACUUGUGGGGCUGCCCCACAGCUGCCCCACAGCUGUGUAGCUCCCUCAUCUUGAGUAACCUUCAAAGCCCAAACUUCAGCACCUUCCCCCACCCCCCACCCUAGAUGUGUUGUCUAAGUAGUCUUUUACAUGCACUUUUGGUAGUUUGGUAUGAAGAUCCUGCUUUGACGACUCAGUUGCUUAUUAAAACAAACAAAACCACAGUUAUGCUUGCUUUAUCUAUGCAUUACAUAGAUUUAUUUACUUGCAGGAUAGAAAUCCUACAAAGGUGGCUUACAAGUAAUACAAUUACAUAUUUUAAAAAUAUAUUAGAAAUAUUAACAUAUCAAAAACACCACAGGAUCCUUUCCACAUGACUGUUGGUGGCCAUGGGUUGUGGGGAGAAAAUCCAGCUGGGGCAGGCCGAGGAGGGCACCUGGUUGGGGAGCGCUGCUAUAAACAACAGCCUGUUUGAGGUUGCUGUGAUGUUUGCUAGCCGCAUAUUAAGACACUUAAAGUUAUAUCCUAUUUUAUCAGGUCUCCCAGCUAGGAAAUGCUCCUUAUUUUAGAAAGUGCUUGUUCCAUGGAGUAGGCAGUCCCAAUUUCACAUUGUGGGAAAGACUCCUAAUCCUGCCGAUUCCCAGUUCCACCAGUCGAGUGCUGUAUUUUCAUUAUUUAUGAAAAUUCACUUCUUUAAAAUUUGGGUCGAGGGCGCCUCUUGGCCCUCAUUUUAAACUCCGUGGCUUGAGACAAAAUAGGUAGAACUUUCCCUCAUUUAGUCAUCUCUUCCAUCCGCCACAUUGUUCUUUCUUGUGCACCGGGAUCUUCUCACAGCCCCCCUCAAGCUGCCUCACUCUUUCCCCUCAAGGCUAUGAGCUGUCCAAGGUGGAAGGGAAGACAGGCACGCCAGAGAAGCCUCUCUCGGACCUGGGGCUCCUGUCCUACCGCAGCUACUGGUCCCAGACCAUCCUCGAGAUCCUCAUGAACCUCAAAUCGGAGACCGGAGAGCGUCCACAGAUCACUAUCAAGUGAGGUCCAAGUAAUGAAAGUUCACUACUGAAACCCCUGUGGGCAGCCUCUGGGCUGCAUGAGGCCCUUGGGAAGGCUUUCAGUGCGGCCCUUAGCAGUGCUGAUGGCAACCCCUCGCUGCUUAAUUUUUUGCAUGGGGUUGAGAAGACACCAUGCGGUGGGUGCCCAGAAAAUCAUGUUCCCCUCAGCUUGCCAAAUAGCUGGAGGGGGGAGGGAGCUGUGAUGGGGAGACAAUGGUGUGUGAGGUCAUUUCCACGUAAAUUAGCCCUCUGUGUGUGUUUUUGUGUGUAGCCACUAGCACAGGCAUCCCCAAACUCUGCCCUCCAGCUGUUUUGGGACUACAACUCCCAUCAUCCCUAGCUAACAGGACCAGUGGUCAGGGAUGAUGGGAAUUGUAGUCCCAAAACAGCUGGAGGGCAGAGUUUGGGGAUGCCUGCACUAGCACAUAACCUGUGACUUCCUAACCUCAUGUGACAAAAAAAAAGAAAAAAAGUCCAUCAGGAGAAGCUCCCAGGUAGGAGCUGGGAGAGCUCGCUUUCGUUUGAAAUAGGGGUUAAGACGCAGCCUUAAUAGAGGGCUUUGUAUUUCUUCUCUUUCUUCUAUCUUUUUUGUCUGUUUUAUAUUUAUUCAGAUUAGUUUGGCUUUUAUUGUAUUCUAUGUUGAAAACUUUCAAUUAAAAAACUGAUUAGAAAUAAUAAGGUGGCCCACUUCACUACCUGAGGUGCAUGCUAAGAUUGUAAGACUGGCCUCCCUCUUUCACUGGCCCUUCUUUAUUUUGGAUUGCACUCAGUAUUUCUUCUCCUUGUUUCCAGUGAGAUCAGCGAAAUCACAAGCAUCAAGAAGGAGGAUGUCAUCUCGACUCUGCAAUACCUCAACCUCAUCAACUACUACAAGGUAGCAUGCCUGAAUGAAUGGCCAUGCAAUUUGCUCUGCAGCAGCAAGACUCCAACAUUUCUAGGCACCACUUUGGAGCUUAAUGGGCAAGUUUGGGCUCCCAAUUUAGGGGUUCCCUAGAGCUCCCAGCAGACAAAGACACAGAUGGGGAUCACAAAUGGGGAAUUAAGUCUCCUGCACCCAGGUGUUGCUAGAUUCCUAACUACUAUCAGCCCCAGCAAGUCUAGCCCAAUGGUCAGGGCUGAUGGAACUUGGAAGUCCUAACAAUUGCUAGAGGGCCUCAGGUUCCCCACCUUUGGGCUGAAUUCAUCCUGAAGGAAGGAAGUGUUAUAGUAACAUGAACCAGCUCUGCACGGAGGACACACUAUCUUGGGGUGGAUGUGUCUGCAUGUGAAUUUUGUUUGUGUUCGGCUGAUGGAGGGAUAAAAACAACAGGCGGUGAUGUGCUAAGGUUCUUGCAGUUUGUCUAUGCAGUUUUGCAUAACUUGCUCUGCUUCUGCUGAUGUGGCUGAUGUCUUUGCAGUGGCAUGGCCAGGAGUAGAGUUGCUGUGCAAGGCAGCCUUUGCUGAACCCAUGGCCUCCAUCUAUUUUGGACUCCAUCAGCCCCUGCUAGCAUGGCUAAUGAUCAGGGAAGAUGAGAGUUGGGAGUCCAGUAAUACAUGUAGCUUACAAAUUUGGAGAAGGCUGCUAUAGGGUAACAGGUAUGAGGGUUUUUUGUGUGGGUAGGGGGAAUAGCAUUACAGGGAAGACUAGAAACUGCAGAAAUUUCUUGUGGGGUAGGGAGUUGCAGCACUAGAAAGUGAUACAGCUUGUUGGCUUCAGUUUUCCCCACCUGCAGUAAUGGGGGCAGCAGAGGAAACGUGUUCCUUCCCCUCAAGAUAAACCAGCUAGAACUGUGGCCUGCUUUCAGGCAUUUUUAAAGACGAGACUCAUUUUUCCUGAGAAGAUUCCAUGGAAAGGGAUGGGCAGGGAGAUGCUGCAGCCCUUGGCUGUCUGUGGUUCUCCGCCACGUCAGAUUUACCUCUUGUCACAAAAGGCGCCAGGAACCCAGAAGAGGUAUUUAAUAUGCAGGAUUUCAGGAGCUGAACCAUAGUGGCCACAGAAGUGGUGGGAGUGAGCAGGGUUUCAAGUAUAGCCGUGUCCCCGUCAUGAGGACUAGAAUCUUUGUUUAAAAUUAACAGAACCAAAACACGUCUCCUUUCUAGGGCCAGUAUAUCCUGACACUCUCCGAGGACAUCGUGGAUGGACAUGAGCGUGCCAUGCUGAAGCGAAUCCUGCGCAUUGACUCCAAGUGUCUGCACUUCACCCCAAAGGACUGGAGCAAAAGAGGAAAGUGGUGAGGCCUGCGCACCUGAGUAAGGACCAGCUGCUUGCAGGACGUCCACCCUCCUCCUCACUUUCUGUGACAAUGGGGAUCAGGCAAGGUGACCAUGCGCUCUUUCGAAGACAUUUUCCAGUCGGCUACCGAAGCAGGCACCGUCAGCCAGCCAGACCUCUUGGCGCGCUGUUACCUGGGCCUCACGUGCCCUGGACUUGCCUGCUUGUUUGUAUAUAGGACUUUUUGGAUCCCUCGCUGAGCGGUUGUGUACAGAAGUGGAAAAAGCACAGACCAAGCUACCCAAGCCGUCCCCCACCCUUUUUUUUUUUUUUUUGGACCGGAUAUUUAUUUAUAUAUAUAAAUACAAAACCACCAUCACAAAUCAAAGUUUGGAGCUUGACAAAGGCAGUUGAAGGGCAGCUGCUUUCUGCUGCGUUUCAGCUGCAGGCAGAGAAACUGUUGUUGCUGCCUCCUUCUUUUGAGGCUGGAAUUGUGCAGUUGCUUCCUUGGGAGGAGAAGCUGGAGGCCAGCUCUAGAAAGCUGCUCUCUCCCAUACUGCCUGAGGCUGUAGCAGCAUCCACAGGGGUGAAAGUGUGGAAAGAAUCUGUUAUAGGUUAGCAUACGGUAAGACAGUCUCGCUCUCUCGCUCCCUUUCCCCAAAACCAGUCUUCAUGAACCAGAGGAGCAGCCUUAAAAAAAAAGCAAACCCCACCCACCUUCUGUGCUCAGAAUAAAUUAACAAAAUGGGUUUUUAAAUGGCAUGUGUGUGUACAUCUUUUUUCUGGAUAUGGUAUUGCUUUUUCACAAAACCAAGACCCUCAGACAAGCAAAUGGGAGUCUGAGAAGGAAGAGGCUUAUAGGCCAGAGCCACUACAGCCUGAAGCAGUUGAAGCGAUGGCUGCGUACACAUCAUACAUUUAAAGAAUUCUGGAAACGUUAGGUUUAUUACGGGAAUUACAACUAUAGUUCCCAGGAUUUGGGGUUGCUGGUGAGCUGUGGUGUAAGUAUAUGCCACAUAAGGAGCCACAAUCACUUUACCUUGUAAGGGGUUUUCAAAGCUGAGUCUUUGCAAUACAAACUAAGUGUGUUUAAAAUCCAUUUCCACUACCCUGGCGCUCUUCCUGAGGAACUGUAGGAACUACAGCUCUGUGAAAAGAUAGGGGUGUCCAAAACUCUGGAGUUGCAAGAUUUUCCUGGGAGACAGAAAGCGUGGGAAUUAAAGCAGUGUUGACAUGGUCUUAUCUAUGUAGUUGAGGGAAACCACCAGAACCAGGUGUGGCAGCAGGAUCCUUUGACUUGAUGGAGCACAUUCUCAAAAGUCACUUUGGUGAGGAGUGAGCCCACAAAAACUUGCUUUAAAAAAAAAUAUUGCAGAGAUAGACCAAGAUCGAAAGCAAAGUUCCACUUGAAUGGUAAUACUGUAAAAGAAAAGGCUGAAUGCAAGGAAAGCACAGAUCUGCACGUUGGUGGGGCUGAGUUAGCAACAGCAUCCAAUCUGAAAAUGAGAGGCCUGCAGAAAAAGGACUCCUUAGCCCCCCCACCCCAAAAAAAUCCAAUACAGAGUUCGAAGUGCAGCCUGUUUGUUUUUUUUACUUCCAUGUCACCAGCAGUCACAAGCUCCCAUCUCAUUCUUCAUCAGCCACAGGAGCAUGGAUCUACAAGGGAACAAAAAGGAUCCUUUUGAGGAGGGAUGGGGAACCAGCAGCCUCCCAGCAGAAGUUAUUGGGCUACAACUCUCAUCUCCAUCCCUGACCACUGGUUGAGGUUGAUGGGAGUCAGAGUCUCACAGCAGCUGAAGGGCUAUGGUUUCCCCACCUGCUACAGCCACAUUCCUGUCCACAAGAUGCACGUAAGAGUCGGUCUGACCAGACACCGUCCCUAACAACGUAGAAGAGACGGUGUUUCUAGUCAGAGAGGAGGAACUGCAGAAUUAAGCCACUCUCGGAGAGGAGUCAAGGCAAGAAAGGUGCUAGGCUGAGCAAGGCGGCAUCAGUGUCAAACUCUACCAAUGCAGCCCUGCACUUAUUCAGCUUCACCCUAUUUGAUUUUGGUGCUGUGCGUGUUUCCUGCCUUUGCCGCCCCCUGCCACAGAUUAUGGGUGGGGAGGGAACGGCACCAAAACCCUCGCCUCCCAAAAUGCACAAUAAGGCCAAUGUUUACUGGAGCGUCUGUUUCUCCAGAAGCAUGUUUUUAAAGUAUUUGCCCUAUGGAAUCAGAGCUGGAGGGGACCCUGGAGAUCAAGGCUAGGGAACCUGUGGCCCUUUAGGUGCUGUUGGACUACCACUCCCAUCAUCCUUGACCAUUGGCCAGGCUGCCAGGGGCUGAUAGUGAGUCCAACAGAACUGGAGGGCUAAGUACUCCCCAACCCUGCUCUUAAUUGCCACAGGAAAUCCAGAAAUCUAGAACGGGUUCCCAAACUAGUCCGCAAACUUUCAGGUGCUCUCCAGUGUGUCUGCAUUAAAUAUACUGAUUUUUGGUUGCAUUUUAAAAUUUAUUUUGCGGUAUUACGAUCUGAAUUCUAUGGGACACAAUAAAAUACAACAUAAGAAAGAAAAGCAAAACAAACCAAACCAAACACAAGAGCCAUAUAGCACCUGCAGAUACUACAUGAAGACUGUUAGAUUCCCAGCUCUCACAUCUUCACCCUAACCAUACCCAGCUCCUUUCCGUGACUUACAGGAAUAAUACCAAAAUUUACAGAAAGGGCCUGAAGGUAUGCUUCCAAGUGGACCCUCCCACCCUGAGCUUCCCUGCCCCUUUAUAGAUAAGAUACGCACCCCUUCAGCAAUCUUUGGCCAUUGUAAGGACAUGAGGAUCUCAUCACUGCUGUUGGGGGCCUGCUCCAGGUUCCAGACAGUGAGUGACUCAAAGGUAGACUUCACCCGCACCUGCCGCUCCUGUAGGAAAGAAGGGACAGUCAAUGGGGAUCCGGGAAUUAACCCUCCCCUCUCCAGACUCCACCCACCCAACAACUCACCUGCAAAGCUGCAUCAUCUUCCUCCAGGACCAGCCCCAUGUAGCCCUCAGGUACGAGGACUUCCUUCCCUUUUAGGCUCCGCCCACGGAAGGAUACGGAUGCCUCUGCUGGGCAAUGCAGGAUGACAGAGGACAAAAACAAACCAACAUAGAUUCUCAGUCUGGGCUUUCCAGGCAGAGAGGGGGCUCCACACCUGCUCUCCAGUCCCUUUAAACUGGAAAUCCCUCCUAGAACCACCUGCAUGCAAAACUCAUGUGUUCUUGCUCCUAAUAAUAAUAAUAAUAAUAAUAAUUUAUUUAUACCCCACCCAUCUGGCUGGGUUUCCCCAGCCACUCUGUUCUAACAUAGUCAAUAUUGUUGUUUUAUCACAAUAUAUUGUGAAACUAGGGAAGGAAAGAGAGAGGGAAAUGAGCAAAUUUCUGACAGGCUUCUAGAGUGACGGUCAGUUUAUUCUUUUAGCAUAUUAUUUUAUCGUUAAUAUAAUGGGUGUGGGGGAGGGGGCCCGGUGUCAGCAGCUGUGAUCGAGGAAUGUUUUGGGUCACAAAACUCUUAUGCCAGAAAGGCUACUCCAAAUCGCAGCGCCGGCCGCCAGUAAGGGAAGGCUUGCUUCCAUGAUAGGUUGAGGGACUUGGAGCUGAUCAGCCCCAGAAGACCUCAGAGGAUGUUGAAGACUGGCAGUUAUGGCAGCCAGCAAAGGCUUGGGGUUGAAUUGAGAUCCUCGUUCAACUCGGGGAACAAGACCAAGGAAGGUCUAGCCUUGAAGUCAGGAAACGCCACCUGAGCAAUUCAGUUACUUAUAGGAGGCAUUUCUAUGGUGUCAUUUUUCUUGUGCUAAUUUUUAUUUUGGUAAAAAAAAACCCAAGCCUUCUAAAUAAAUAAAUACGUUAUUACUGGAUUCCAUACACACUCUUCCAGGGUGUGUAAUACAACAACAUUAAAUACCUAAGCAGCGCAGAAGGGCCAGAGCUCAGUGGUCGGAGCUCGUGCUUUGCAUGCAGAAGGUUGUAGGUUCAAUCCCUGGCAUCUCUAGGGUAGGAACAUCCUGCCUGAGGCGCUGGAGAAUCACUGCCAGCCAGUGUAGACAACAUUGACCUAGAUGGGCUAAGCGGUCUUUUCUGGUAGAAAGCACCUUUGUUUGUUCUAGAUGGACAAGGGAUUCAGGGCUCCUGCACCUUUCAUAGCUGUCCAGAAGAGGGAAUUUAGGCAGCUAUUGUUCAAUCAAAGGUGCAGGAACCCAGUCCUCUUCUCCCCCGUCCACCCUCUCCCAUGCCCUCCCCGGUGGUCCAUUACUGCACUCGGAAGCCUGAGCCUGCCAAGGUAACACCCCUUGCAUCGUCUCCCCUGCCCCAUUUACUUCAAGCAGCACCAACCCCUCGCAGCGCAAUCCACUCCAGGGUGGAGACUACACAAAGUUUCUUUGAAGCACACUCUUUUCCCCUCGGAGAAUUAUGGGCACUGUAGUUUGUUAAGGGAUGCUGGGAAUUAUAACUUUGUGAGGGCUAAAACUACACUGCCCAGAAUUCUUUUUUUAUUAUUAUUAUUUUUGGGUGGUGGGGUGGGAAAACGUGCUUUAAGCAGAUAUGGUGUGUCCGCAGACCAGGCCUACUUCGAGAUACAAGACUGCACUGAGUUCAACGGGGCCCCGAGUUCGGAUUCUGAGCCAUUUCUUUCCCCCCUUGCAGAGCAAAUCCUACCCCCUUCCCCAAGCCCACACGGACAGAUAAAAGUCCCUCUCGAUCCAAUGGGGCCUUAGUGCCCCAUAACCGGCUGCCCAAGGGGUCUGCAUCCCACUCUCCUCCUGCUUCGCUCACCGUCCGGUUCUCCGGGCCGUCGAAUGGCCGGCGCGAAGUACCGCCGCACCGCAGCGGCGCCGUCGUGCCGGACCGCGCAGGGGAGCAAGUGGAGCCGCUCCCGGGGCGCCCCGGGCAAAGAAAGCAGCGCCAGCCGCGCCGGGCCCCGCUCCUCGCCAGCCAUGAGCAGCACAGCCGUCCGCCCUUCCUUCCUUCCUUCCCGCGGAGCAGCCGCCCUCCUGCGCCCCGCCCAGGCGCAUCCACUCCCGGGUCGCGCCCAGCCCAGCGCCGCCUCCUG